AUGGGGAGAAUGGCAGUCGCAAACGCGAAGACGGCGCCCUCCAAACCGAGAUGUCGGAAGGUAGGUGCUCGGUGCCGGUUCGAGGGCUGCACUGGGCGUCCUUGGUUCGCACAGCCGGGCUCCAGAGUCCCAAGGGCAUGCAAGGCCCACAAGGAAGAGGGGGAGGUCAACGUUUACGCGCCAGCCUGCGAAGCGGAUGCGUGUACGACGAGGCCGCACUACGGCGCGGACGGCGGGCGGGCGAGGUUCUGUUGCAAGCACAAGCUUGACGGGAUGGUGGAUGUGCUCAACAAACGCUGUGCGAAGAAAGGAUGCCGAAGGCAGCCGAGCUGGGCCAGAGAAAGAGGAGGUCGAGCUCUUUUCUGCAAGGAGCACAAAGAGGACGGCAUGGUGGACACAAAGCACAAGACGUGUCUACACCCGGGUUGCACGCGGUUUCCCUCGAAAAGCGGUGCCGUUGCAACGACCAAGUCGCAACCCUCCGAGGACAACACAGAAACAACAGCGGGGGGGGCGGCAGCAACAGCGGCGGCCCACCCGGGACCAGCGAGGUACUGCGCCGCGCACGCUCCGGCGGGAGCGACGAACGUGACCGCUAGCCGGUGCCGGCACCCCGGCGGCUGCUCCGUGCAGCCGUACUUCGGGCGGGAGGGAGGGGGGCAGCAGCCGAAGUUCUGCGCUCUGCACCGGAAGCCGGGGAUGACGGAUGUCCGGAACCCGAGGUGCACCGCUGUGGGAUGUACGGCGCAACCUCGUUGCGGGCGGGAGGGGGACCCUCGCCCUUCGUUUUGCCUGCGCCACGCAGAGCCGGACAUGGUCAACUUCAGGUCAGCAGGCUACAGAGACCGAGGGAAGGCGACAACGCCAAAAAGGAGGAAGCUUGCGAUAUCGUCGUCGGCCCCUUCGCGGUAGAACGUUUUCCGGGGAUGGGUGGCCUGGCGUAAGGGGAAGAGAGAUCUUAACCUGGAAAGACGAAUGGCGGAGGGGGUAGGGAGAACAGUAAUUUACCUUGAUGAAAGCAUGGUUGUGGUGUUAACGCCCCCGGCGUGAUGGAUGCACACGCUUGGGGAAGGGAGAACAGUAGUUUACCUUGUUGAAAAACAGGACGCAUUGGUCAUGAUUGUAACGCCGUCGGGUUGAUGGAUGCACAAGCUUGGAGCUAGGUGCGCCGUUUGGUUGGUCCGUUUCGAUUUUAUUGAGUUUUGUGUGGCGGCCAGCUGGCCGUCACUGGGAUGAAGUCAUGCUCGUGAAGUAGCUUUGUAUGCUUGUUUCGAUUUGGAAUCGUUUGAUGCAGUUUAGCAGGCUGCCGGUUGCUUGAUGUUUUCGGGUGGGGUGACAGGCGUGCCCCGUCAUAUGUGUGCGCGUGUUUCGUUCUUGUUUGUUGUCCGUCAGUGGGCGUGUAUGCCUUUUACCCCUACCGAUUAUUGGGGGUAUCCCUUUGAGAGCCCCUCCGCCAUCGCGUGGAGUAAUCAAUGCUAGUGUAACGCGU